AUGGUGUCCUUUAUGUUAAAGAUUACUCUAACUGGUCCUUUACUUUUUUUAGACAAUGCAAGUGAGGCAUUACGUUACGGGUUUCAUCAGACCCAACAAUGCAAUAAUUUCGAGAAAGCAUUUUUGUGUAUUAGAAAAUGUUUAGACUUCCGUUAUGAUGUUGCUUUUUCCGAUAAGGAUUGCUAUUGCACUUGUUAUAUCAAAAAAGAGAAGGGAAAAUAUAAAUAUCUUGGCGCGGUAACACAGUGGAAGUUGGGUGCCCCCACAACUAAAAUGCCAGCAUGGGCACUACCGGAUAACUCUCUAUUCGUGAACCAUCAAGAGGAUGAAGCUAUUGGUGCAGAAUUGCAAGGAGAUAAUUUGCAUGGAGAUAAGCCGGAUGGUGACAAUGAUGAUAACACCGAAAAUCAUGACAAUCAACAUAAUAGUACCAUCGGUAAUUCUGAUGUUCAACAUAAUGUUAAUGUUACUACUGCUGUUACGGUGGAUAAUAGUACUAAUGCAGAUAAUAUUAAAACUGAUUUAACUAAUACAGCAAGUGAUAGCGCUGUUAACGGUUUUGCAGACACAACUGUGGCUUCUGUAAAUCAAUAAUAAUAAAAUAUAUAUGAAUGUAAAUUUAA